AUGCUUGCAUAUCAACAGCAGCAGCAGCAACAACAGCAGAAGCAAACAUAUUCUUACUCAACGAUGUUUACUCAACCUCUACCACCGUUACCGAUAGUCACUCAGCCAACAACACCAUCAGUACAACCACCGUCUGAUGAUAAACAACAAUUACUAACAGACAAAAUCAAUGGUGAUAAAGACGUUGUACAGGUCAAAUGGUCGUCGAAUAAGCAAAGAUCAAAUGAUACUUCUGUAGUAAGAAAACGACCUUUCUCUCGUUCACGUUCUCGUUCAACUUCACCACCAGUACCACAUCGUAAACAAACCAAUGAUCGAUAUUAUUCAAAUAAAAGAUCUCGUUUCGAUAAUAAAUCGCCAUUGUUCUAUGAUCGUACUACACUAAAUGCGAGGGAAGAAUAUAAAGAUAGUGAACGAUCAAAAAAUGAAAAGAAUUUCGUUCCACCUUUUGAUGCAGUUCCAAGGCGAAAAAGACAAAAUGAAUUUAUUGAGGAUGAAUAUAAUGAUUCAAAUUCUGAUAAUGACGAUAAUAAAUCUCAAGAAACCAAAAAUGUGUACGUUCGAACAUGUUCAUCAGAAAUUUAUUAUCGACGAGAUGAACAGAAUCCACGAAUUAUUCAUGCUACUCAACGUUUAAAAGAACUAUGUGAACGUUUCAAAAAAGAUGUUUUAUCGCAACGUGAACAAUUUCGCUGUGAAUCGAAAGUAUUUGAAGAAAAAAAUUAUUGGCAAAUAUUACAUAAGUUGAAAAAUUUUGGAACAAAAAAAUGUCGUUGUGAUAGUCAUGACUCAUCUGAUAGUUGCUGUGAUGAAUCUCAGGACGAUGAUGAAGAAAAUGAAAAACAAUCGGAUGAUGAUGGCGAAAAUUUGUUGACGAUUGAAAUAGAACGAAAGAAACAAGUACCGCAUCGAUUGCAUCCAGAUUUAUGGUUUAAUGAAUAUAAACAGGGAAAUGAUGGCCCUGCAAUUCCAUUGUGCAAUUCAUGGACAAAUAAUGCCGAUCGUCUAUAUCAUUAUCGUAUAACACUAACACCAGACACAAAUUUUAUUCUGAAAGAACCAACGCUCAUCACCUACGAUGAUCAUGAUUAUACAUUCGAAGGAUUUUCGGUACUUUCACACGUUUCACUAGCAAACGUGAACGAUUGUAUCGUUGUUUAUCAUAAUAUUGAUUAUGCUAUUGGUAUAGAAGAAGAAAAAUGUGUUGAACAUUAUACGAUAUCUGAAUUGGAUUUAUUACAACAGUAUAUUUUCAUUGAUUUGAUUGAAUUGUAUGAUAUUCAAUGGAAAUUACCAAAUGUCGAUUUAACAUCGACAUGUUCAUGUUUUCAUUUUUUCCCCCGUUUUUCGCGACAAUUGCCGCAAAAUGGUGGCAAAGAGUUAUUGAAUGCAGCUGAAAUGCUUCUAUAUUUUUUAAAACAUUUAAAACCAUUAGUACCCAAAGAAUUAAAUGAACGUUGUGCAACAAUGUCGGUUGAUGCAUGGGAAAAAUAUGUGUCAAAAAUACAAGGAUCAAUUAUAUCAUUUCCAACAAAACGGCCAAGUUGUGUACGUUUAGAUCAGUUGGAUAGAGAACCAUUGGUUAAAAAUGAAUCAACAUAUCCACUUAUUGUGCACUUUGGUAUGCGUCCGGCUAUAUUAUCGAUUCAAUAUAAUCAAGAGUAUCGUCAAGCCUAUAAAGCCUAUUUGAAAGUGUUUUUUUUAUUAAAAAAUCGUAAGCCAACAGACGAUGACAAACAAAAUUUACGAGAUAAAGAAUUAAAAUUAAAACAAAUAAUAUUGAAAAAUUCUGAACAACUAAAACGUGAAACGGUUGUCGUUAUUUCAUCUGAAAAUGCUUAUCGUACCGGAAUAAAGUCAGAUCUAAUUCAAUAUGGCCUAUUAAUAUCGUCAUUACAUGACCAUCUAAGAUUUCAUAUCAGUUUAAAAUGCUUAGAAGACAAUCUCAUACAAUAUCAAUUUAAAAAUCGAUCGUUAAUGCAAUUGGCAUUAACUCAUCCAAGUGGUAAUUAUGUUUUACAUAAUAAUUUGGGACCAAACCCAGAUCAUGUUAAAAAUACACUGGCUAAUUGUCGUGUUAGAAAUACAAUGUAUGGCGAUCGAAAACAAUUAUUUCGUCCAAUAACAAAGAGAGGUGUAUCUACAUUAUUCAAAAUAAUGGCGAAGAAGGCAAAAAAUUUUGAACAUAUCUCAGAAAUAACAAAUUAUGAACGACUGGAGUUUUUAGGUGAUGCAUUAUUAGAAUUUUUAGUUAGUAUCCAUUUAUUCUUUUUAUUUCCACAAUUUGAUGAAGGGCGCAUGUCAACGUUUCGUGUUGGUCUUAUUCAGAAUCAUUUUUUUACCAUAUUAGCGCGAAAUUUACAGUUAGAGCAUUUUAUUAUUUAUAAUCAUGGUCCUGAUUUAUGUUCUCAUUCAGCGUUGAAUCAUGCUCUAGCCAAUUCAUUUGAAGCUCUAAUGGGUGCUAUUUAUCUCGAUGGUGGUCUAUAUAUUGUUGAUAAAAUUCUGUCAAAAAUACUCUUUUUUAAUGAUCAAAAUUUGACUGAUAUAUGGAAUACAUUUAAUCCAUAUCCGUUGAAAAUACAAUAUCCCGAUAGUGACCGACAUCUAAUUGAAAAAGUACCGUUAUUAAAAAAAUUAACAAAAUUUGAACAAGAAACAGGCAUUGAAUUUCAACAUAUUAGAAUGUUGGCACAAGCAUUCUGUACGAGACCUAUACCGCAGAAUGAUUUGACAAUUGAAGAUAAUGAACGUUUAGAAUUUUUAGGUGAUACAGUUUUAAAUUUUGUUGUUAGUGAUUAUUUAUAUCGUCAUUUUCCAGAGCAUCAUGAAGGUCAUUUAUCAUUAUUGCGUAGUUGUACAGUUAGUAAUCCAACUCAAGCGAUUAUGUACGAUGAAUUAGGCAUGCAACAAUAUGUUGACUGUGUUCGGGAACAGUUACGAAUAACAACACCAAAAAUUGUUGAAAAAAGUUUGAAAGCAAAAGCUGAUGUAUUUGAAGCAUUCAUUGCUGCUUUAUUUAUUGAUCAAGGUUUAGAAGCAAUCUAUUCAUUUUGUCGUGCAACAAUAUUUCCACGGCUACAAGAAUUUAUUUCUACUCAAUAUUGGAAUGAUCCGAAAUCAAAUUUACAACAUUGUUGUUUAGCUCUCCGCGAUCCAAAUGAUAGAAAUCCACCAUUACCAGAAUAUCGUGUGUUAAAAUCAAUCGGAUCAUCGAAUAAUGUACAAUAUAAAGUUGGCGUCUAUUUUCGUAAACAACGUUUAGCUAUUGGAAAUGGACGUAGUAUACAUGAUGCUGAAAUGGCAUCGGCUAAAAAUGCAUUAGAAUCACAUGCGUCAAUGUUUCCACUAUUACAUUAUCAAAAAACGGUAUUAGAAAAAAAGUUUGUAUCGUCAUCG